AUGAGUAGUCGGGGGGUCUUCAUCUUGCUCUGGGCAGUCUUCCUUCCCAUAGCGGCCGGCGCUGUGCAGGACAGCAGCGACAGCGCUGCGGCUGGCAUGGCGGAAGGAGAGCUGCAGGGUCUUUUCGAGGUGAUGACGGCGCUGCUGGAGGACUCCAGCUGGGCCGAGUUGCACCCCCAUCCCUGCACCGACACACCAUGGCCCGGCAUUCAGUGCGAGCUCUCCCAGGCCGGCAAGGAGAGCGAGUUGUAUCUCCAUGUUACCAGGCUCCACAUCGGCCCCGACGUCGCAGCCCCUCCCUGCCGUGGCGGCGCUGUCUUUCCCGCCGCCUCCCUCCUCCAGCUCCCCUAUCUCAAGUCCCUCUCCCUCAUCGGGUGCUUCAUCGAGACACCAGUGUCGCCGCUCGUCAACCUCUCGGCGGCUCUCUUUACGACCUCGUCUGUGCUGGAGCAGCUGGUGAUGAAGUCAAACCCGGGUCUCAGUGGCGAGAUACCGGGAACCAUCGUUCUACUCUCCCGUCUGAGGGUGCUCACCCUCUCUCAGAGCCGCCUCCACGGGGCGAUCCCCCGAGAGCUCGGCGGCGGCGGCGGGUUGUCGAAGCUGGAGGAGCUCGACCUCAGCUACAACCAGCUCAGCGGCAGAAUCCCCGAGGACAUGUCGGGGCUGGCGAGCCUCUCCAUCCUCGACCUGAGCUGGAACAGCCUGAAGGGCCCUCUUCCUCCUUCGCUCGGCAAGCUGGCGGCGCUCCAGAAGAUGGACCUCAGCUCGAACUUGCUCUCCGGCAGCAUCCCCCGAGAGAUGAGCUCUCUGAAUCGCCUCCUGCUUCUUGACCUCAGCGCGAACUCGCUCUCGGGGACGAUCCCUGCGACGUUCAAAGCCCUCAACGGUAGCCUCGAGUACCUCCUCCUCGAGGGCAACCCGCUGAACGGGGUCAUUCCGGCGACCCUCGGAGAGCUCCGGAAGCUCGCCGUCCUGAGUCUCUCAGGCUGCGGCAUGUGGGGGCCGAUCCCGUCGUCCCUGACUAGAUUGUCUCGCCUCACGGCGCUGUCUUUGGACGGGAACCGGCUGAACGGGACGGUGCCGCCGGAGCUGGGGCUGCUACCAUCUCUCCGGCAGCUGAACCUCAGCCAUAACGAGCUCUCCGGCGAGGUCCCCUUUGUGGAGCAGUUCGUGGCCCGUCUUGGGGCCCGCUUGGACGUGAGGGGAAACCGAGGCCUCUGCACAGACCCUGCGGCGUUCCGCCGGAAUAUCUACCUGAUGGGUUCCAUCGGACCGCCAUGCACGUACGCUUCCGCCGCCGCCUCCGCCAGGCCGGGCUUGGAACCGCCGCCGGCUGGUGAGCCACAGGCCGUCGGGGCGUCGAAAUCGUCGUCGUGGAGCGACGGCGACGAGGAGGAGCUCCGCCGCUCUUCCGCCGGUGCGACGACGGCGACUUCUCCGGCGUUCUCCGCCAUCGCCGCCGGCUGCUGCUGCUGCUUCCUCCAUCUCCUGCUAUUUCUCCUCGCGGUAGUUUGA